AAGUUUUAUCGGGUAAAAAAUUUAUGAAUAUUCUUUUGAUUUCUAUGAAAUCGUAAUAUCAAUCAGAAAAUUUCUUUUCUAUUGAAGUGUACAUUGGAAACAAGUUCAUUUGAGAAACUAAUAUUAAAUAAAAAUUUUUUAAUUUGUGUGUACUGUAUAACAUUUUGUGAUUGGCAGCUCGUGUGAGUUUCUAGAAUUUAUUAAGCGUACAACGGGCACACCGAUUGCCAAUUGAAUUGCCCCAAAAGCAACUCUGCUUAGUACAUUGCUGCUGUCAGAUUUCUGUGUCGUUCUCACAUUAUAUCUGAGAUAGCAGUAAUUGGGUACGAAUCUGAUGGCGAUCGCGAAGUAAAGACGUUUCUACGGAAUUAUAUUAAUAAUUAUUAGUGAUUUCGGGAUUUUUAAUAAAGAACAUACAUUUUUGCGUAAUUAGUGAAUAAGUUCGGUAUAAAAUAAGUACGAAAAUUAAAGGUAAUAUAAGCGCGCUGACCAAUGGCUAACGACCCGGACAAGAUUUUCAAGCAAGAUGGCUACUUGACUGUGAAUUUGGGCAGUGGUAUUUCAUCACUGAAUGAGUGUCAAGUGGAGGCCAGUAACAUUGUCUAUCAUCCGAACUUGAACGUUAUUCUUGUUUUCGAUAACGCGAAUGAGCUAAAAAUUCUUGAUGUGCAUUCUGGAACAAUUUUGCAAACAUAUUCGCUUGUUGGUUCAGAUGGAGACAAAAAUAUCUAUGGUCGAUAUAUGUCUCUGCAAGAUAAGAUUUUAAUUUGGGAUGGACAACACCUAGGAUUUCGUGGCGAUUAUAAUGGCGUAUUACUCUUCGACACAAUAUUGCAAUCGCCUAUUCUACAGAAUGAUGAAAUUAUCAAAUUGGAAUUAUUGCUAUCAGAGGCAAUGACAUUCCAGAAGUGUCUCAAGGAACUUGAGCAGGAGGACUUUGAAUGUUCUGCUGAUGUCACAAAUGAGUUAAAAGAUAAAAUAGAGAGAGCACAAGCAAAUUCAAAAAAGGGCAUCAAAGCACAACGUUGGAAUACUGUAUGUUUAGAGCUACCAUAUUCCAGUAUAAAGUUGGUUGCCAAUAAUUUAGUUUUGUUAUUAAAACGAUUGGAGCGACAUAUACCCGCAUUACCGGUAGCUUCAGCGAUUAAUGAAAGACUCACCGAUCUUCUUACCGGUUGUCGUUUACCUGAGUUAAGUUGGCAAUGCACAAAUUUGCAACGUACUCUGAUGCAUUCAGAGGCUGUACGACGACAGACAUUUGAGAAAUGGCCACAUAUGGAUUACAAAUGGGCACUACCUGACCAAAUGGCACAGGCUGGGUUUUAUCAUCAGCCUUCGCCUACUGGUGAAGAUCGUGCGAUGUGUUUUACCUGCAAUGUUUGCUUAGUCUGUUGGGAAAAGUCUGAUGAACCAUGGGGUGAACAUGAACGCCAUUCGCCUACUUGCCCAUUUGUUAAAGGAGAGUAUACUCAGAAUGUGCCAUUAAGCGUUACUUAUGCUACAUAUCCAGCUGCUACUGUCGGUGGUAUUGGUUUCGAUGUGAUUUCAAAUAGCGAAUAUGCAAAUGUACUUUGUACUAGCUGUAAACAAUCCGGUGAGAUAUCUGUCUGGAGUAUAGAACGACAUUUGAAACUCAUGCACACAUUCAAUAUUGCCGUAAUAAUGAAAGAUGUAUGUGAUGAAAGUUAUGAGUGGGCAAAUGUUACAGCGAUAUGUGUACUACCAAAUGCAUGCGCGCAACGUAAAAUUAAUGCUAUGCAUGCCACACAAAUUAGUAACAAUGGAGUUGCGAGCACACCUGGUGCACAACAAUGUAUAUCUUCAUCAUCUUUGAGAGUGGGCGUUGUUGGAUCUAAAAUUGUACUAGGCAUAAGUAUUCAAAAAAGCACGGGCGAGCAUGCCUUGCGUAUGGUUGUUCUCAAUAUUGUAGAAUGUGAUCGAAUAAAUGAGAAUACUGAAGGAAGUAGUACAAGUAGUGUGGCCGUUAGUCAACCGAAAACAUCAAACACAAGCAGUGACGGAGAUGACACUGUUAACGAACAAUUACCACUCAAAUAUGAACAACAAGACGAUGACAGCAAAACAGUUAGCGCUAAUUUUGAAAAGUAUGCGGAUGGUUUCGAUAGCAAUGGGUUUGUUUCUGCCCUUAGUAUUAUGAAUACCGAUGGAACUGAAGAUAAGUCGAAUGCAAUGGCCUUGACUGAUUUGAUUAAUACUGAGUUAUCACAUAUGCAAACGGAUUUGAUAAUUGUAAAUCCAUUUGAUGCUAAAAUGAAUACAGGACCUUCAAUAGAUAUGGAUAUGGACGCAAAUUAUUUUAAAGAAAAUUUAUUAGCUGCCGCUCAAAUGAAGAAAAAUCAGAAUAUCACAAUGAAUGGCUACAUGAAUAACAACAAUAAUGUUAGUACCAUUUCAAAAGCUCCACCGUGUGAGGACAUUGAAUGCGUAUUUGAGAGUUGCACAAGCGUUAAACGUAUGAACACUUUUAGUGAUGAUUUCGAAAAUGAAAUCGUUGAAAUAAGUGAAAUCUUACCAAUAAAUAGUGAUUGCAAUCAACUACUGGUUAAAUUGCAAAAAACUAAACUUCCUUCCAAAGUAGAACAAAAACUUAUAAUGGCAACAACAGAGGAUGUAGAAUAUGAGCAGUUAGUUGAUUCUUCCGAUUUUAAUGGUAACGAUUUAGUUGCUCAAUUGUUGUUAUUCGAUUAUGUUGAUGGUGUAAUAUCGAAUGAAUAUACGUUAGCAGUCACAUUUAAUCGGAAAAAGCAACCAAAACAGCUUUGCAUAUUACCUAAUUUCCAACUUGUCGUGGAAAAUGAGGAAACAAACUCCGAAGUUGGAAGAAAGGUGCAGUAUGGAGCAUUAUGCGUGGUUUGUAAUGAUGGUACAAUUAAAGUUUAUUCAUUAACGGAUUUUAAACAUAUUACUGAUAUACAAGUCAAUGGAGAAGCUUUUACUUCUAUUGCUUAUUGUCGUACACUAGAUCGUUUAUGUGGUUGCACAAGUAAGGGCUCGCUUAUUUUUUAUUCUUUUAACGAUGCAGAUAAUGAAUCUGGAGAUGAAAUGCUUGAAAUGGAUGAUGAGUCAAAUGUUUGUGUUAAAUCCACUAAUAAUUUAGAAAUAACGGUGACAGAUGGUGGAAAUGAAAACGUUACCAACACAUCUAAUAUUGACAUUAAUGACUUAGCAGUUUAUAAGAAUGGACUUAAUUCUGGUAAAUUACCAUUACCAUGUAUACCGCAAGGAGUAUUAGGAGUUGACUGCAGUGCAACAAAUAUUUUGACUCUAACACAUCAGUCUCCAUCUCCUACGCCACUAACUGCAGCGAAUUGCAUAGCUUUUAAAAGUUCUUUAUUAAUAGAGGAUUUACGUACUUUAUAUGAUCUUACAAAAUUUGAUGACAAAUUAAGUGCUUAUACAGCUGAAGUGCCAAGCUGUUGGAAUGAUAUGGUACAGGCACAAAAACAAAGAAAACAACCGCAGUAUUUACGCAAUGGAGAUGAUACCCAACAUGUUAAAACAUGGCGUCUACAUAAUGAUGCUACUACUUGGGACGAACAUACGAUUGAGUUGAAUCUAAAUCAGCCGGUUCAACUAGGCCACAUUGACUUGAAAUUCACAUUAUUCCAGCAAUGUCAUAAUCCUGCAGCUAUACAAGUGACUUUGCUCAAGCAGAAUACAAGUGGAUUUGGUUAUCGUAUGAAAGGACCGAAUGCUUGUUAUCAGGAAUGUAACACGAAAAAUUAUGAUGAUUUUAUACCAAGUACUGCUGAUGUUAAUGAAAAUCCAGUAUUAACUGAUGAAUACUUGCAAACCUACAAUGCCGAAAUAUUGGUCGGUCCCAUUGAACUUUCCUCAUGUAUUGACCUGUGCGAUCAGGGUGGUGUAAUGACAUUAACCUCACCGAAACUAUUUAAAACUCGUACACGAAACUUUUUAUUGCAUUUACGAACUAUGUCAGAUCAAAGUAAGGAUGGUCAAGCUAAAACACGUGGAUGCGAUUGGUUACACGAAAUAUCUAUAUCUGUACGUGGUGUAAAGACAAUAAAUAUACCUAAUGAACGUACACAACGAAUUGCAAUGCUUGAAAGUAAACUGCUAUUAGAGAAUUUAUUUUUGAUUAUAAGUUCUACUGAAACUUCGAGGCUAGAAAAAAAUCUUGCUUUAGAUAUAUUGAUAUGGAUUUGUUUUAUACGCUUGAAUCGUUAUCGUUCCUCGAAGUCUGAAAGUAUGAAAGCACAGUUGAAUAAAAAUGUGCAACAUUAUAAUGUGGAUCUUGUAGCACAACAAAUUGAAUGUAUUUCUAUAGCUGAAAAGUACAUACACAGUAUCAUUCGUAACUGUAUCAUUCAUAGCGAUCGUUCGAUCGCUCACAAAUGUGUGAAAGUAAUAAUUAUAUUAACAGAUGGGAUAGGUAACAUGCCUAGUGAACUUCAGAAUGAACUUAAUUUGAGCGUUGCUGUUAAAACGGCUAUAUCAUCCACAUUCAAGGAGUUGCCACUUUCAAAACAUGCGAGUGUUGUACAUUGGUUUACAACAUUGGUUUGUGCCACAUCUACUGCUGAUUCGCAUAACGAAAUUUCUGAAUUAUGCAUAAAGUUGUUAACCAAGAUAUCUGCAGAAAUUUCGCAGCGUUGGGAUCCGUAUGGUGCAUUACUAGGAACCAGAUUUGGCAUGUAUGGUUUUCCAUUUGAGCCCGAAAUUUUCGAUUAUGAGUUACCAAGCAUGAACAAGAAUACCGCACCAAUUCCUUCAACCUUUUUAAGCAUCAUGCGACAAAAUGCAGGUGCAAUGCAAACAGCUGGUAUGGAUAUUAAAAAGCUCUGUUCAAUUGAUAGCGUAGAUUUUCGAACAUUCCCACAUUUGAUAAAAUGUAAAAGUGUGAGCAACCAAUUGCGAGGCUUAUUAGAGGUAGAACAGUUGCAUUUUUCUUGUGCUGCAACAUCUGAAGCUACUCGCAUAGAUAAUUUGGAUUCAAUUUCAACUGGCAAUGGGUCGAGUAUAAAUGUGGAAGAUAUUAUUAUGGGACCAAUGCAAUCUGUUUCCGUAGAUGUUUUAAAGGAUCCCGAUAUUGAUAAGAUACACGACAUUGUUAAUAAUGUCCAAAAUAUUAUUGUUGAUAAACAUCUUAAAUUAAAGAAACCCAAAGAAGUUGAACAAAAAGCCAAUGGCGUUUCUCACUUUGAGCAUUUGCCGCAUUUAUCAUCGAAAUACAAUUCUAUGUUGCCAAAAUUCAAAGCAAUUUGCAAAUACAUUGAGCUAUGUGAUGACACAACUAAAAAUUCCGCUAGCAAUAAAGCGGAACUUUUUAAAGAAAAAGCAAUAUCAGCCCAAGCAAAAUUAUCAGCUUUGGAGGAUGCCCUCACAAAGUUAGAUGAAACUCAAACAACAGUUAAAGAUGUGCUUAAAAUGCAUAAUAAUAAUGGAGAACAACGCAUAACGCAAAAACAAAGUGCACAACUACCUCAUGUGAACAAGGAAAAUAUUACAACUAAUGUCUUCUCUUGGCAUAAAUUGCUUUUGCCUCCGCCGAAACAAAUGAUUGUUAUCGAUCGUAUGCACUCUGGCGCUCGCCGUUUUGUUGUGCUAGACUUCGGCGCGCAUAUCCUAUUAACCGACUUAGUAAUACCAGCUUGUGAUGAGCUCGCAUCGCUACACAUAGAUAUUUGGUGUUUUGAUGAAGAAACUGACAGUGUGCGUUUGACAGUAACACAUGAUAUCGGCACUAAGACAUUAGUUUUGACUGAUUUACAACCACCGCCAAUAUGUCGUUUCAUGAAAAUCACCAUUAUUGGUCGCAUUGGCAUGUCAUCCACAAAAUGUAAGAUACCGAUAGGUUCAUUUUAUGGUCAUACUGUUGUGUUAGAUAGUGAUUGCUAUGGUGAUACAGUAUUGAAGAAAGUUACGCGCCAACCACAAAAUUUACAAGCUCAAAUAAAGGCAUUGACUUCUUUGUAUGAAGAUGUACACUGUCGUUAUAGCUUAGCGAGUUGUAAAUUAUUGGAACUGUUAUCACCUGUGCUAAAUUGCGAAAUAUCAAAUGUUGCUCACAUGCAGGCUUUUAUUAAUAAGCAGCAUGAGACAGAGGCAAAUGUGGUGGAUAAUUUAAAAAUCAUUAAUUUGUACGAAGAAUGUAUUAUGUUACAACAUCAAAUUAAUGUUAUACGUAAUGUUAUCAAUCGUUUCGACACUUCCUUGUCAAAAGUCAAUCCAAUAAUGACUGCACGUGACGAUAUAUUACAAUUAACAUCACGAGAUAAAUUGCGUGUUCUGAGCCAAAGCCUAGUAGAAAUAUUAUUGCAUUUUUCUAUUGAAUUUGGAUUUAAGAGCAACUCAUAUUCAAAUACAACAUCACUAUAUACACACACACAUACAAUACGUAAAGUUCCAACAUCAACACAAAUACGUGAACCAUCAAAAGCACAAACACAUUCAACAAAUACUACGAAUUUCACAUACACGAAAUACGAACAAAAAAGGAGCUUUCGCUCCCGUAACAAUUUAUCGAAUUUUGUUGGGAAAACUUGCUCCAUUUUACUCGUUAAGAAUUUGACACGCUGA